AUGGACGCCUCCUUGCCUAACGUGUCGGACGUGGCUGCACCAGCUCUCACUGAAACAGAAAACGACUCAGGCGUAGCGACACCGUCAAGUAGUGUGAGUGCGCAGAAGCAGGGUCUCGAGACGUCGCUAGCACACGUACUGGAACCACUUUGUGCCGAGAACUCGAAUACCGUUACGUCAAAGCCCGAUGCGUGGAGCAGCGAAGAGCCACCAAACACCGCAAAGAGCGCAGCGGUGCAGAACGGUGAGCAGCAAGAACGAGAACUCGUGCAGCGCGUCUGGAGUGAACUUUGCUCUAUGCACAAGUCGCUGGACAGAGCGGUGCGACGGGGAGAGGCUUCGGAGACUACCAACGAUUCGUUCGAACGGGCAUGGCGCUCAAUGAAGCGGCUCAAGCAACCAAGUCGGAAAUCCACGAGUCAGCUGAUGCGACGUGAGACACGCUGGCAGGCGUUGCGGCGCUGUCAGCAUCCAGUGGACGCCACUGGUUUAGAUACUGCAACCAGAACAAAGGAUAGCGCCGAAUUAGACAUGCUCCUGGGCCUCACUUCAAGUGCGGAUGCCUCGACAAGUCACCCUGAAGUAAGUGACAGGCGCGUUCGUGCCGCUGUGGUGUCCAAUCGACAGGAUCCUCAAACCUUUUCUGCGCCCGCCUCGACGCUGAUGAAACGUCUCCCCAAAAUAGCAGCCGAGCGUGGGCGAAUGCAUCGUCCAAGCACCUUCGCCCUGACGCAACGGCAAUGGGAGCGCUUCAAGAAUGAGAAAGGUCUCUCUGAGGAACUAGAACACUAUAAGAAGAGCGAGCAGCGCUAUACAGAUCGCUUGGAGUUUCUCGUGCAAACCGACUUUAGAGAAUGGGCUCACGAGCAGGCUCAGAAACGGCGUAACAAGACGGAAUCCGCAUCAGGACGAUCAGAGCUGGGUGAUACUGAUGCGAUUCUUUCAAGUUCAUCAGACGAAAUGUAG